AUGGUGAUCUGUACUUAUAUCGCACCUACGCUUGCAUCACCUACCAUCGAACACCUGAUGAUGCAAGCCAAGAAGAUUAAGUGCGACGUCAUCGGACUGACCGAGACGAGACGACGCCACCCUCUCAACUCCGACUAUGAUCCUGGAGAAGAAACGGUUUUAGGAACAUGCGACAGUAGAGGAGUUGGUGGAGUUGGCGUCCUUGUCAACACGAGUAUGGCAAAGAAGACCGACUCUUCCGAACAUCUUACGACACGAAUCGGACGUCUGCGGAUGAGAAGAUGUGGUUCACUGCCAGCUUUGACUAGUUCAGUCAUGCCUUCUACAAGGUCAUAA